AUGGAGCACGAGAAAGUCUACCUCUUCCAAGGAGAGCACGCAGCAGACGUGUCCGACGACGAUGAUGAUGGUCUCUUGCUCGGAGACUCCAUCCCGCUUCGCGAGCAAGCCUUCCAGGAAUGCUGGCAGAAGUAUCAAAGAUGCAUUGACACCAUCUUGGAGAACAAGAAUCAAUCCGUCUUAGACGACGUCAUAUCCUUCGUCUCCUCAUCCCUGGAAGAAUCAGCGACGGACCAAAUUCCCGCCGCGUUCGUGGUAGCAGGAGCGGGUGUCUCUUCCCAGAAACAGUUCUUUAAGAGUUUGUCGGAUCAGCUAUCUCACCCAAAGAGCUAUCAUCUCGUCUCCGUGUCCGCCGGCAGUAGCCCGAACCUCAAGGCGUUCUUGAAACGGAUUAUCACCGACGUCACCUCCAGUGCGGACGAUUAUGCCAAUGGGGACGAGGUUGAGGUCUUCUCCGGACGAGAUGUUUCCCUUUUAAACUAUGAUUUGCGGAUCAUGCAUGAUUGGGCGAAGCGGAAUGAGAAAGAAUGCAUCCUGGUGGCGUUUGAGGACAGCGAGGCGUUCGAUUCUUCGCUAUUAUCCGAUAUCAUUGAUCUCUUCAGCUCGUGGUCUGAUAGACAAUCCUUCGCAAUCCUCUUCGGCAUCGCGACGACUGCCGAGAGCUUCUGUGACAAACUCCCUUUCUCCGCAACGCAGGCUCUAGACGCUCGAGUGUUCGAGCUCAUCAAGCCUCAAGCCCUAAUCGAAGAGUUUGUUGGAGCUAUCAUUGAUCGAGAUGAUAUUUUACCAAAGCUAGGGCCGGGAGUGUUGGGAACGUUAGUUAGCUGGCAAGCACAGCAUACCUUCAGCAUCCAGAUUAUCUUCGAUGCGUUCAGGUUCUCCUGCUUGUCGCACUUCAUGGCAAACCCCUUGAGCGCCCUGUGUAGAGCAGAUCUAACCCCCUCCGACCUCUCGAAGGAUCAUUUCGAUGCGUUGCGCAAUGUUUCCUCUUUUCGAAGGCUUGUCGAAGCCUUGCUAGAACAACGAGAAGUCUUGCCCGCGAAGGCCCUCCUCAAAUCAAAUACGACGUUGUUCGAGCACGCUCGUGAAGGGGUGAAGGAAAGUUGCUAUGCGCUAUCUCAAAUUGGUCUUGCGACGAAAGCCAUAUUCUCCCUUCAAACUUGUCUCAACAAGUCUCACCAUCGAACUCUAUCAUCUUUGUACAUCGAUGCUCUGGGCAGCGACUUCGCCAGUUCACCCUUCGUGAGGGAACUACUGUUGACCAUCAAGAAGUUGUCAUCAAGCGCUGCAAUGCCAGUCUUGGAGAGCGUCUCUGUGAUAAUCGCGCAGAUGGAGGACGAAGGCCUCCAAACUGCGCACGAAUCCCUUCUCACGUUCGUCACGGAUGCCAGCGGAUCUUCCAAGCCGCUGCGGAGCGAGUUUAGCAUUACCGGUGAGACACUCAGGAUCUCCGUCGUUUCACGACGAGCGGGUAUACAUUCGCAAAAGUCGACGUUGUCGGAUGAAGAGUCGAAUUAUUCCAAACUUCUGCUGGCUUUCCACAACGCCGUGCACCAGUACCUUGAAAGUGUUUUCGUUGACCCCAAAUUACUCUCCUUUGCGGAGGUUAUCAUGUUCGACUAUCGUGCCAUGCACCGGGCAGCUUUCAUGCCUCGAACAAGGCAGGUCAUCGAUCGAGCGCUGGCGUCGCCGUAUGACUAUCUGAAUUGCGAGUGUUGUCAAGAUACGCAGACAGCAUUGAGUUCAACUCAACCUGACACCUCGAUCUUGUAUCGACUGUGCCUCGAGUCAGGGCAACUAAUUAACAUGGCAGAUUUACUCUCUGCAUUUGAGAACGUCAAGGGCGACAAUGAAGGAGAUGACAAAGAUACAAGCGCGUCAUUUCAACAGGCCCUAGCAGAGCUCCUGUACCUGGGCAUUGUCAAAGGCACACGUAAACGAGUGGACCACAUCGCACGGGGAGUUUGGAACGGGCUUUGA